CGACCGCGACCGAUGCACACAGCAAUGCUCGCUCACCUAUAGAUGACAUCGCAACCUGUCUAGAUAUCCAGUUUCAUCUUUGUAACAACCUGUUUCAACAUGAAGUACACACCAGCGUUGUUAGCUACACUGGUAGCCUCCGCGAGAGGCGCGGCUGUAGACGCCUCAGUAGAUUCGCGAGACGAAGCCGACGUUGACUUAAUCUCAGACGAUGUGAUGACACGAAUCAGACAAUUGAAUGGGCAGCCAGCCAGUCCCCAGCAUGAUUUGGGAGAAUUAGGGCAUCGAGCCCGCAGACAGGCAGACGGGGAAGUAUAUGGCACGGUUAUAGUGGACUAUGGAGUUACUAUGCAUAUUCAUAAGGAUAUUUGUGUGAAUGAGCAAGAGGUAAACAUCGUAGCCAACGAGCCCGAGGACUAUUGGAUGUGGCGGCAGUGCUGCCCUAUGCUGAUACCUGCGGCUGUAGAGCCAGAACAGCCUACAACAAGCUUAGUUGACUGUCCCGUGUGGAUGUCAGAGAACUGUGAAACGCUAGAAGUAUACACGGGAGAUUAUACGUUCAGUUUAUGGACUGACUCUGACCUAGCUAACGAAACGUAUACACCACAGUGGUUUGAAGACACCUCUUACUGGUGGAAUACGCAUCAGAAAGUCGAGCAAUUCGGUCACUGCAUGAAUCGUAUCACUAACAUAUUUCACAUGGCGAAUGCAGCCGAGCCCAUGACUUUCACACACCUCAUAUCGUCACGCCAGCGUUCGGUACAGGCUAGUCAACAUCUUAUCAACCUGAUAGGCGCGGUGCUUGGCGGAAAUGCCACUCAGAACACCAACUAUGAAGAAACAUGGUGGAGAGAUAGUGGAGGUCUCAGACAGAUUAAAAAAGCUGAUCGUAUUACUCACGCAUGCAUGCGUCGUGCCUUAGAUCUAGACUGGGGUACCGCAGAACGAACCAUGUGGAACAACGCACAGAAACAGCCCUGGAAUACCUUCAUCAACAAGCGGUUCCCUGAUGCUAUUCGGACCGAACAGACAAGCCACAGCGAGACUAUUCCUACCUUUCCCACGGGCAUAGACACUCGGGUGACGGAUCCCUCCUGGAACAUCACCUACAUUGACGAGUUACGAGCUGGCGGUGGUACCGUCAUUCCCAUUCCGGUAGAUGCGUUAAACAUCACGGACCCUGCGAACAGCGACAAUUUGUUCUGUGCGCCACCUAAAGUGGGUGUCUUGCACCGUAUCGAGGGUUCUGGUAAUCGUACGUUCGAGGACUUUUCGAUAUUGGAGCGUGUGUUAGAGCGACAAGGUAUUAGUACGUAUGAUAACUUUACAGUCUGGAGUGGCAAUUCAUCCGAGGAACAGAUCGGAGCAUUCAGAUCGUACGGUUUGCUCUUUGCCCCGUUCAGCUCACAGUCCAAGAACAGCGCGUUUUUCGAGGGCAUCAUGGGCUACAUCGAGGUGCAGUCUACCUACCCGGGAUACAUCAAUGUAUCACCCUUCUCGAUGGGACCUGAUCUGGCGGAUGUGUACUUUGUUACGAGUGAGGCGCAUUUGCCUAAUAUCUCAUCGUGCCCUGAGAGUCACGGGUGCACGUCUCAGAAACAGUACAAGACCAACACAUUCAUGCUCGAGUAUCUACUGACAACGGCUGUAGAUCAGCAGCUGGAAAGACUGAGGACUGCUUGCACCGAAUGGCAAAGCACCUAUCCCAGACCCGCUGUAGACCCCACUGUAUUCGAGGCGGACUAUCAACAAUCACCACCUCUGAACACGCUAUCAACCACCUGCGCACAAUCCGGCACGGACUGCGAGAUAUGGAACAACGUCAACCAAGUCUGCAUGAACUACAACUGGUGGGCCGUGGAGUACUGUGCAGACUACUGUGGUAUCGAAUGUACCGAUUCCUUUGAGUUCUAAUUAAUUCCGCUGGACUACUAAGUAAUAUCACUGUAGGUUUAUUCGAUUUGGUUGGUCGUAGCAACUCGUUAGCGAGUCCUAUGUGGAUCGGAAGUGCGACACAAGGCGUGCAUGUGCGUGGCUUUGAUAAAACGGCGACACUGUAUGGUCAGCUCAGCAGUAGCUGUAGGUGUCGAGCAUGUGCAUGCCCUUUUUGUAAUGCUGACUGUGAUUCUGCGCCCAAUUAUUAUGAAUCCGAUUGGCUACCAAGCGUCGCGCUGGUCCCUGAUUCUAAGUGGGCGGUGAGGCUUACACGCCCCACACGCGGAGUUUGGGAUAGGCACGCACCCGUAACGCUGGGUGCUAAGGCUGUGGAGCAAUCUGGUUCAGUCAGAAAACCAGGAUUAUAAGAUGUGUGACCCGCGUCAGGAUUAACAGGAGCCAAUAGUGGCUGAUUUCACAUAUCUUCAUAAUAAAUUAUAUAAUAUCGUUAAUGUCAAAG